CACGGAAGCGAGCAAAGAUACCAAAGUAAAAAUUUUCCUCUCGUGGUUUGCUAAAGACUACAACUAUCCAAACACUUACUUCUUUUGUUUCAACUUAAAACAUAAACAAUCUUUUCUUACAAACGUUGACCCACAAAUCGAAACGAAGUCAUCAGAAAUGGUCACAAAUUGAAAAACUAGAGGUGGUUUUGAUUUUUUGGACUGACGGUCUGCUUCUUGUAGUGUCGUAAUUUUUACCGGAGAAAAGCCAUUCAAUUUUUGGACGGACCAACAAAACAUUGUAAGAGUAGUUAUAAUGGCAGAAUCACUUCAACUACCCAUUAUCGACCUUAUUUCCCCUGAUCGUGUUUCCACCGCUCGUGCAAUUCGUCAGGCAUGUGUUGAAGUUGGUUUCUUUUACCUUAUAAACCAUGGGGUAGAGGAAAAGCUGUUUAAGAAAGUGCUUGAACACAGCAAAACGUAUUUCUCUCUGCCAGUUGAAGAGAAGAUGAAACUGGUACGGAGGAACAACAGAGGUUAUACUCCCCUUUAUGCUGAGAAUCUCGAUCCCUCUUCUGGUACCCAAGGCGACUCAAAAGAAAGCUUCUACAUUGGUCCUCUGGAAGACAGUACGGCUGUUGGUACCUUGAAUCAGUGGCCUGCAGUAGAAAUUCUGCCAUGUUGGAGAUCAAUCAUGGAGGAUUACUAUAAAAGAGUCUUGGAUGCCGGGAUAAGACUAAUUUCACUGAUUGCUUUGGCAUUGGAAUUGGAUGAGGACUUCUUUCACAAAGCAGGGGCAUGUGACUCACCUAAUGCAUUCCUUCGUUUGUUACAUUAUCCAGGUGAGUUACAAUUAUCUGAACAAGUGGUGUAUGGUGCUUCUGCUCAUUCAGACUAUGGGAUGUUAACUCUUCUAGCUACUGAUGGUGUUGGUGGACUUCAGGUUUGCCGGGAGAAAUUUAAGCGACCUCAGAUAUGGGAAGAUGUGCAUCACCUCAGUGGGACUUUCAUAGUUAAUAUUGGAGAUAUGAUGGAGAGAUGGACAAACUGCUUAUUUCGGUCUACGUUGCAUAGAGUUAUGCCAACAGGGCAAGAACGUUUUUCGAUGGCUUUCUUUUUAGAGCCAAAUCCAGAUUGUGUGGUGGAGUGCUUGAAGAGUUGCUGUAGUGAUUCAUCUCCUCCCAGAUACCCUCCAAUUCGGGCCGGAGACUACUUGGAAGAGCGCCUUAAAGUUACAUAUGCAGCAUAGUUGUUUUAGUGCAGAUUUUGCGCGAGCAGUUGUUGAAUUAUGUUACAGGGUGAGAUUGUUGUUUGCUGAUGAAGUUUAUGGAUGUUUAAAGCUCCCUCAAAGUAUAUACAUUGUUUCAGCUCGAUCUUGGCGUGACUUUGCAACUUCUUUUGCAAGUUAAUAUGUUGGGACAGUUUUGAGGUGGAGGAAGUUCUUAAUACGGAAAAAGGUCAGAUAUAUUCUUCUACUAUCGAAAAUUGUUUAAAUUUACCCUCCGUUUUACUAUCAGGAUGUUUGAACCCCUACCGUUAUACUUUGGGUCAAAAUUACCCUUAAUUUUAGCGGAGGGACACGUGGCAGCUUAGGAACAAAGGACCCACCCCGCGUUUCUACACCUGGAUCCAAUUAAAAUCCACCCGAAUUUUGUACCCAAACCCGACUCAAUUCCCUACUAUUACUAUGAGUUUUGACAAAAAACAAAAAUCAAAAGAAUAUCUCCAAAUUAAACUCUUAACAUUUUGGUUUCUAAGUUAAUUUCAGACAGCAACAAUGGAUUGAAAUCAGAUUUUUAAUAAUGUGUAGCUUCACAACUCAAACAACUUUCAAAAUUCCAACAAAUUAACGAUUUCAGAUUUCGGAAAUUCAAGACCCAAAAGAGCUGCAAUGGUGGUGUAUCGAUUUCACGGCGACGAAAUGGGGGUGGUUCGGCGGAGCCGCUGCGUGUGAGUGAGCUUUGGUCACGGUAUUUUAGGAUGAUGUGAGGUCUUUAAUGGAGUUAAAACUUUUUAAUGGAAUUAAAAAGAAAACUGUUACAAUGAGAGUAAAAUGAAAAGGAGUUCGUGAGUGUUUUAGUUGCCGCUGCUUUCGGUGGAAGAAGAUGACCCCUUUUCUUUUUGUGCGACUGCUCAUCUUGUGGCACCUAUCUUCAAUUUUGAGACCCAACUAUCACUGUCUUCGAAAUCACAAAAGUUAAUUUUCAUACCCACAUCCAAAGCUUGUUCUUUAGGAUGGGUUUCAAUUUAUUUAUUUUAUCACCAAAGUUUCUUUUGCUUAUAUCAAAUUUGUGCCUCAGGUCUCCCCUAACAAAGCACAAUCACAAAUUCCUCAUCGAACUAGGAAACAGUUUUAUUUUCCGAUUAAUCAAAACCCUUUUACAUGUUGCUUCGUUGGUCAACACUUAAAUAAAUUUGUGAUUUGUGAUUGUGUUUGUGAUAGAGUGGGUCAAUUGGGAGAAUAAAAUCUUUCUAACAAACCGAACUCGGCAUCGGAUGUAUCAGAAGCAGCAUCGACGCCGGAAGAUUGUAGAAUUUUGGCAUCAGAUGUUCUUGAGGUUUUUGUUGAUUUAAGUGGAAAAUUGAGUCGGGUAUGGGUACAAAAUUAGGGUGGAUUUUAAUUGGAUCCAGGUGUAAAUUGGUCCUUUUGUUCCUGAGCUGCCAUGUAUCCCUCCGUUAGAAUUAAGGGUAAUUUCGAUCAAAAAUAUAACGGUAGGGGUACAAAUACACUAAUAGUGAAAUAGAGGAUAUAUUUAAACUAUUUUGGAUAGUAGAAGGAUAUACUUGUCCCUUUUCCGUUCUUGUGUAAAAGAGCUAUUUGGACACUACUAUCUGGGCAUUUACAUUAUCACUAGUCUAUUUGAAACAUAAAACA